UCAUUUGCAGAAUUUAAAUUUUGUAUGCUGUGGAUUACAGGUCUAUCAUAUUUAUAUAUAUCUUAACCUUUAAGCUGAGUAUGCAUUAAAACACUGAUGAUACAGGCUGGAGUAUCAAGCAUAGAAUAUAAUUUCCUUAAGUAUGGGGAAAUAUGGAACUGUGCUAUUUCUAUUGAUGGAAUUAUAUAUUUUUGGAUCAGGCAAGAUUAUUAAGGACAACACUGACGAUGAUUCUAAAGGAACUGUUACUUAUGGUUCAUCGUCAGUACUAAAUAAUCUUUCAACUUCACUACUUGCAAAUUACGGAGCAGGAGUUCGACCCUUGUGUCCAGGUUAUGAGAAAGUUAAUGUGACUGUGGAUAUUGCUAUUCGUCAACUUAUAUCGCUUGAUGAACCAGAGCAACUGGUACACUUCAACAUGUGGAUGCGACUGGGAUGGAUAGAUUGCAAUCUCAGAUGGAAUCCUGACGAUUUUAACGGUACAGACUCCAUAGUGCUACCCAUAGACUAUAUAUGGAAACCUGAUGUUACCCUUUAUGAGAGCAUUUCGGCGGAGUUUUAUGGAUUCAAAGACUACAGGGCUCUUAUUAAUGCGGAUGGUUAUGUCACUUACAACUUCCCAACCAAAAUCGAAGCUUUGUGUCCUAUUGACGUCGCCAAAUUCCCUUUCGACAGUCAAGUAUGCGAGUUAAUGUUUGGAUCGUGGUCAUACAAUGGUUUACAACUAGAUAUUCAAUCUAAGGACAUUGCAGGCGAUUUAUCGUCCAUGAAAGAAAAUGUUGAAUGGAUAAUUGAAAAAGCACCAGUCGUAAGACACGAAGUAUAUUACGGUUGCUGUCCGGGGCCCUUUGUAGAUGUGACUUUUUAUAUUCACUUGAAAAGAAAACCUGCUUAUUACGUAACAAAUAUAAUAGUGCCAUCGAUUUUGAUUACAAUGGUGGCAUCGUUUGGAUUUUUACUACCUGUUGAUUCCGGCGAGAAGGUUGGAUUAGAAUUAACGGUUAUGUUGGCGAUGUCUGUUUUUCAGUUGCUUGUUGCUGACAAGUUGCCACCAUCUGCUGAUUCCACUCCAUGGAUUGCCAUGUUUUUUAGCUUUACACUAAUUCUAAGUGGUGGAUCAUCAUUAUGGCAAGUAAUGGUUUUAAAUAUCCACCACAGAGGAGAUAGAACGAUGUCACGAUUCACAAAAUGUUACCUAUUAAAACCUCUUGCGUUUAUCACGCGUGUAAAGCUGCCAAAGAUACAAAACAGAUAUAAAACAUCCUGGAAUCAGGACAAAAUCAUUUCCAAGCUGUUCAACACUUUGGACGAAAAUAGAGCUUCAAAGGAGAAGGCAGUAGAGAGAGCAUCUGAAAGUGAAAAAGACACAGACAAUUCAGAACUAUGGAUACACUAUGCUUUAGUUUUAGAUAGAUUAGGCUUGGUGGCAUUUGUAUUUUCGUUUGUCAUGGGAUGUGCCUAUAUUUUUAUUGGAAUUAUUAACAAUUAACACUGAUGCUAAUAUCAAAUGAUAGGGAUGAUGUAACUUUGCAAGGCAUUUUUGGUAUAUUUGAUGACAUUUGUUGUGAAUUAAGGAGCAAUUAUAAUUUUUUUUUCUUCAAAUUUCAAAUCAUUUCUGUAAUAAUCUAACAAUAUGAUAACUAAAGAUGUUGACUUGAUGUAUAUAUCUAUAAAUAAAUAACAUAAAUAAAUAUAUACAAAAU